UUGGGCCUAAAUGACCACCAUCAAAAUGAAAUUAUUAAUUAUAUGCGUUUUGCUCGUUCACAAAGAGGCUUGCGACUCAAAACAGUUGAUUCCUGCUUCCACAACCUCAAGGAGAGCAGGCUGGUGGAGGAGACCCUCACCGUAGAUGAGGUCUCCGAGAUCCUGAGUGAGUUACAGGCCGUGGUUCAUAGUGAGGUGGAGUCUGAGCUCAUCAACGCUGCCUACACCAAUGUGUUACUUCUACGGCAGCUUUUCUCCCAAGCUGAGAAGUGGUACCUUAAGCUACAGACAGACAUCUCUGAGCUUGAAAACAGAGAAUUAUUAGAACAAGUUGCAGAAUUUGAAAAGGCAGAAUUUACAUCUUCAAACAAAAAGCCUAUCUUAGAUAUCAUAAAGCCAAAACUUGCUCCAUUGAACGAAGGCGUAACAGCAGAACUCCUGAACAAGGAAAUUUUAAGGCUUCAAGAAGAGAAUGAGAAAUUGAGAUCAAGGCUGAAGACAGUUGAAUUACAGGCCACAAAUGCACUGAAAGAGAAGUCAGCACUAGAGCGAGCUCUGCAAGAUUUACAGCUUGAUCAAGGAAAUCAACAGGACUUUAUAAAGGCCCAGGACUUGACUGACUUGGAAAACACAGUCGCCGCUUUAAAGAGUGAGUUUCAGAGGACGCUCAAUGACAAGACAGAAAACCAGAAGUCCCUGGAGGCGACUCUAGCCACAGCCAAGCACGACCUACUCCGGGUUCAGGAGCAGCUGAGCUUGGCUGAAAAGGAAUUGGAAAAGAAAUUCCAACAAACAGCUGCCUAUCGCAACAUGAAAGAGAUUCUCACCAAGAAGAAUGACCAGAUCAAGGAGCUAAGGAAAAGAUUGGUGAAGUAA